AUGAUUAACUGUUUAUUGCUUGAGGCCUUUCCGAGCUACAUCUCCGGUGAGCCUGUCCGGAACGACGUGACCUUCGUCCGCCGCAAGCAUUUCGAACAAUCCACCGCCCCCCCUUCUCCCCAAACCAUGGCUCAACCUCCAACGCAAGCCGGGGCAACCAACGGUGCAUCAAACGGUGAACGCCAUGACCCAGGAGGAUUUAAGCUCAAAUCCAUGGAAUCACAUCUCCGUCUCGCAGCGGCUCACUACCCAGUCAUCUCCUUCGGCACGGGGUCUCUGGUCCGUCUCCCUGGACCUUCAAUAGAUAAGCCCAACGUCUACCAAUUCAACAAGACGUCCUACGAUAGCAUGUACAAAGAGCUGGAGUCUAAGGAUCCGCGUCUCUACCGUGCUAAUGGUCUGCUGAACAUGCUCGAGCGGAAUAGAAAUGUCAAGUGGGGCCCUGAGAGGUGGCAGGAUUGGCAGGUGGGAGCACCUCGACUGGAGCACAGCAAAGAUAAAGGUGCCGAGGGUGUCGAGGGAGGGGUUGUAGACGUCGUCAUCACUUGCGAAGAGAGAUGCUGGGAUGCUGUGAUCGACGACCUCAUGUCUCGGGGGUCCCCUUUGAACCGACCGGUGCACGUUAUCAAUGUCGACAUCAAAGAUAACCACGAGGAAGCUUUGGUCGGGGGCCGGGGCAUCCUGGACCUGGCAGACUCUCUCAAUGAAGUUGCUAUCGAGGAGCGAGAGCGCAAUCCUGCUGGCUUCGACAGUGGAAUCGCCGCGAGCAGAAGCGGCUUUGAUGAACGUGUACCAGAGAUCAUCGGCGCAUGGCAGGAGAGAUGGCCAAAUCUCCCCGCGAUAUGGACUCUGGCAUGGUUUUGA